AUGCUCUUCACUCACUCUCGCCGCAUUCAUCCUUCAAUACCCAAAACAUCUUGUUUUGUGUCUUUCGUUCUUUUUCUCUCAACAAUGGAUUUCCACACCCUCUCAAGGAAGCAACUCCAGACCCUCUGCAAGAAGAACAAGAUCCCCGCCAACAUCGCCAACGUUGCCAUGGCUGACGCUCUCGCUGCUCUCAACAAAGUUGAAGGAUUGGAUGAUUUUUUGAAUCCAAUCGAGGGGGAUGCUGGAACCCCAAGUGUUAAUCAUCGUACGGCUGUUAGAACCUCAACUCAAAGGAAAACAGUCAGAGAAGAAGCAGAAGGUUCGAAGGUGGAGGCCUCGACCCGGCGGGUUAGAGUUGCAGAAGAAGUGGUUGAGCUAGAGAACAAGGAUGCCAAUGUCCCACCAGUCACUCCCGCUGCAAGUAGGAGAAGGGCUACAGCAGUUUCUACUCGCAGAAAGAAAGAAGUUGAGAUGGCAGAAGAAGAUGGUGACAAGAAUGGUGUUCAAGGAAAUCCUAAAACACCUGCUCCAGUAGCUCCCGUGAGUAGGAGAAGAGUCACUGGCCGUUCAGUUUGCACCACCAAGAUUGAGACCCCCGGUGCCGGUGGUACUUCUGCGUAUAACACGAGGAGAUCAGUUAGAUUGUUGGAGAAGGACUUAUCUAAGAUGAGCUUGAUUGAUACUGAAGACAUUGGACCUGCCAAGAUUGAUGAUGAUGUUUCUCAAGAAUCGAGUAAUGUCUCUCACCAAGUAGAAUACUUGUAUGAUACUGGAAAGGGGGAUAGUUUGCAGAUGGAAUCAACUGUGGUUUCGGAGGAUAUUCAGGAGUUGGAAGUUUGCUCUCUUGAGCAACACACUGAAUAUGAAUGCCAAUCACGUGAUUUAGAUUCAGAUGUGAAAUUAGUUCCUGUGACAGAAAUUGAUAUGGUGGUUGAGUCACAUGGUCCAAAUGAAGCUGGAUCGAAGAAAGUCAAUUGUUUGGAGUUGGAGGCUGAACCAAAUGCUUCGGAUGAAGCAGGAUCUGAGUCCUUACCUGUACUUGAGGAAUCUUCUGAUUCUUCUGAACCAGAAACUGUAAAUAAGGAAUGCUUUUCUCUGGUGGCAUCCGAAGAUGCUUUUCCAGAUGUUACUGACCAAGAUAUCGCCGCUGUGACUGUUGUGGCACCUGAUGACGUUUCCGUGGAUGCUACUCAUCAACAGGUUGCUGCCAUUCCUAUGCAAUCUGAGUGCAUUAUGGAUGAUCAAGUCAGCAAUGAGGGUGAUCAUAAAGAAGAUAAGAACAAUGAGACAAGAGAAGAGGAUGAACCCAAUGAUUCAAAUUUGAAUCUGGAAGGAAGUUUUGGCACAUGUGAUAAAUCUGAUGAUGCAGGAUUUGAAGUGUUAACAGUACUUGAAGAAAGCGCUGUGGUCAUGCAAGACAUUUUGCCUUCUGAUGCAUCUCAAGAUGCUCCUAUGGAGAUUGCCCCCCAACAUACUGCAACUUUGACUGUUGUGGUGGCUGAUGAUGCUUUUGAUCAAGAUGUUGCUGGCUCGCUUCCUAUGUCACCUGUCAAUGAUACUCCAGAGAACAUAAAGGAAUUUGUUGAGUGCAACACUGAUGAUGAUCAAGGCAUCAGUAAGGGUGACGAUAACCAAGAUAUGAACGAUGAAACUGAAGAUUUGAAUCUGGCUGAUGGCAACAUGGAUGAUGAAGACUGCCAGCAUCCUCUUAAUGUUGAUGAAAGUGACUCGAUGACAGGUUCUGAAGAAGAUUCUAUCCAGGAGCAGAAGAGUACUGAUAUUCCGGUUCAAUCUGAUCAGUUGAAGGGAGAUGUGCACGAAAGUAAAAUGAUGAAGGAAAACGUGACCUCUGAUGAUCUAAGUACUAAGAGUAUCGGGGAGCUGAAGAGGAUGCUGAUGCAGUUGACGCUAAAUAACAAAUCAAAAUCCAAGACUAAUGAUGUCAAGGAUGUAGAGAAUAAAAGGACUGCACUGCAGGUACUGCCACAGAAUCAGAUGAAAGCCAGUGAAGCUCAGAUUUUGAUGGCUGAAUGAAUAAUUAUGGAAUAAACUUGGAAUUUGGCACUCUCUAAAUAAUUUUUUUGGUUGUUACCGGAUCAAGGUGUAAGGUCCAAACCUUUUGGUUUGACUACCCUAUAUUUUGUUUUUCAGAUACUUGUCGCAAGAAACUCUUCGUUUUUAUGAAUUUUUUUAUGCAUCAAUUACAGUUGUGCGUUUUUGGAUCUUUGAAAUGCAUCCUAUACUAGUAUAUGUAUAUUCAAACCUCUCUUGCUGAAUGGAAUUAGUGAGACUGGAUGCCAUGCUUAA